AUGUACAUCACCCUCUUCUACCUAGUCACCCGACUCCCUGACACUCUCCGCUCGUUCAGGGACCACUUCCUCUCUCUUUGCCCUACCACCCUCACUGUCGACCUCCUCGAGGAGCGCCUCCUUGCAGAAGAGACUAGUAUCACCGCUGUAGGCGCCUCUCGUGGUGACCCCCGUACCCCUUUCUUUGAGGGGUGCUCCCCCGUUCCUCUUUUGCCCUCUGUUGCCUCUGCUGCUGCUGUCGACCUUGUUGGCACCGAGUCGGUCAGCGCUGCGUCUGCUCCUAGUGAGAGGCGCCGCAUCAGCAAGGGCAAGCGGGGCAAGGGAGCUGGAGGAGGUGGUGGGGGCGGCGGUAGUGGCGGUGGAGGCGGAGGAGGGGGUGGGGGUGGAGGUGGUGGUAGAGGUGGGGGCUUCGGUGGCGGCGGUGGAGGUGGAGGCGGCGGUGGCGGUGGCGGGAGGGGUGGAGGAGGCGGAGGCGGCGGCGGCGGAGGUGGAGCUGGCAGAGGCGGAGCUGUGCAGCGGGGACCCCAGCAGCAGCAGCGCUCUCAUGAGACCCCUUCGCCCCAACAGCUUCGUGAGUGGUACGCGGGGCGCCAGGGGUCUGGGGGUGCUGGUCCCUGUACUUACGUCCUGCGCACCGGUGACCGCACUGGAGAGCAGUGUGGCGGCCUGCACGCCACCCAGCGCUGCUUCGGUCGCCUGACGGACGCCUGGCGUGCCCAGUUCCCGGACGCCACUGAGAUCCCUCGUUGGGGAGAUCUAUUCAGGUCGGGGGUAGCUAUCUUUGAUCUUGACUUUGAUGCUAUUCUUGCUGCCAUGUAUGCUGUGUCUAUUAGUGCUGAGGGUGACUGUUACGUGUGUGUUCCGCCUGACCCUGGUAUUGAGGCUGCUGCUCUAGGUGCUAGUGAGUCUGCUGCUCCAGGUACUCGUGAGUCUGCUGCUCUAGGUGCUGGUGAGUCUGCUCUCUCAGGUACCGAGUCGGCUCAGGUCUUUCACACCUUCACCCUCGACUCGGGUGCUUCCCGCUCCUUCUUUCGAGACCGCACCACCCUUACGCCGCUCAGUCGGCCGGUUGCGGUCUCCCUGGCAGACCCCUCUGGGGGUCCUGUCCUUGCUCGCUACUCCACUGUCCUCCCGUGUCCGGCGGCCCCGUCAGGCUCCCUGUCUGGUCUCUACCUCCCCUCGUUCUCCACGAACUUGGUGAGUGGUGCUGACCUUCAGGAUGCCGGAGUUGACCAGUUCACUCCUGCAGGUCAGCGAGUGACCCACUGCACGUGUGCUCAGACGGGCCGCCACUUGGCCUCGUUUACCCGUCGACCAGGGUCGAGCCUGUACACACUGACCACAGAGUCUCCUCCGGUUGCUGCGUCUGGUCAGGUAGCUGCGUCGAGUCAGGUGUUUGCUGCAGCGUCUCGGUCAGGUCCUGAGUCUGCCCCCUGCUCGUGUCGCCUCCUGUCCCACCAGACCCUCCUCUGGCACCACCGCCUUGGUCACCCCUCCUUGCCUCGUCUCCGAGGCAUGGCCUCCCGUGUCCUUGUCUCUGGUCUCCCCCGGUCCCUCCCUCCCCUUCCCCCGGGGCCUGCCCCUACCUGCGUUCCCUGCGUCGAGGGGCGGCAGCGCGCCGCUCCUCACUCCUCCGAGUUUCCCCCGACAGAGGCUCCACUGCAGACUCUUCACAUGGACGUGUGGGGCCCAGCCCGCGUCCGUGGACAGGGUCACGAGCGUUACUUCCUGCUGGUGGUUGACGACUACUCGCGUUACACCACUGUCUUCCCCUUGCGCAGCAAGGGUGAGGUCACUGAGGUGUUGAUCGACUGGAUCCGCGUUGCUUGUCUCCAGCUCAGAGAGCGUUUCGGCUCGGACUUUCCUGUCCUGCGUCUGCACUCCGACAGAGGCGGAGAGUUUUCCUCCGACCUUCUGCGAGCCUUCUGUCGUGCGGAGGGCAUCCGCCAGACGUUCACGCUUCCGGCCUCUCCACAGCAAAAUGGGAUUGCUGAGCGCCGCAUUGGCAUGGUCAUGGAUGUCGCUCGUACGUCCAUGAUCCAUGCGGCUGCUCCCCAUUUUUUGUGGCCGUUCGCGGUUCAGUACGCGGCGCAUCAGAUCAACCUUCAGCCCUGGGUCUCCCUGUCGGAGACCUCCCCUACUCUGCGGUGGACGGGGAAGGUUGGUGAUGCGUCUGGGUUCCGUGUCUGGGGAUCUCGAGCUUUCGUCCGAGACUUGUCUGCGGACAAGCUGUCCUCCCGUGCUGUUCCUUGCGUCUUCCUCGGCUUUCCCCCUGACGCGCCUGGUUGGCAGUUUUACCACCCCACCUCGCGUCGUGUUCUGUCCUCCCAAGACGUCACGUUUGACGAGUCGGUUCUGUACUACCGUCUCUUCCCCUACCGCACUGCCCCCCUCCCCCCCCCGCCGCUCUUCCUCGCUCCCGGUCCCCCCCCGGUAGACCCCCUCCCCCCUCAGGGUCCUGCCCCCUCAGGUGUGUCCCAGGUAGAUGCAGUCGAGCCUGUCGAGGUAGCUGCUGACUCUGGUGCGUCUGGGGGUGCUGGUUCUGGGGGUGCUGAGCCUGAGCGUGCGGGGCCUGGGGGUGCUGCUUCUGGGGGUGCUGAGCCUGGGGCUGCUGGGAGUGGGGGUGUGGAGCCUGUCGGUGCUGGACGUGGCGGUCCUUCGGGUGCUUUGUCCCGGCGGGAGCUUCCCUCUCCACAGGAGCUGCGCGAGUGGUUUGCUCGCCGCUGGAGCCGUGCUGCUGGAGCUGGAGGUGCUGCCGGUGCUGGAGGUUCUGCUGCUGCUGGAGGUUCUGGAGCUGGAGGUGCUGCUGGAGCCGGUACUGGAGGUUCUGCUUCUGCUGGGGGUGCUGGAGCCACGGGUCCCGGAGGUGCUCGUACUGGAGGUACUGGAGCUGAUGGGCCUGGUGGUGCUCCUGGUGCUGGAGCUACUGGUGGAGCUGGAGAUGGUGGUGCUGCUGGAGUGGGUGCUACUGGAGGUACUGGAGCCGGAGCGGCUGUGUCUGCUGGUGGUCCUGCUGGAGCUGGAGCUGCUGGAGCGUCGUGA